AUGUCGUGGGAAAACUUCCAGGCAGCAAGUGGAGCUGAAGUUCUGCUUUUUAAAACAGCAGAUCUUAAUUGUUUCCUUUUGUCUUUGUCUCUCGUAGAAGCUCCACCAAAAGUGGAAGACAACCCCGCGGAAGCGUUCACGGACUCGUCGCUGUUUGCGCACUGGGGGCAGGAGCUGAGCCCCGAGCAGCGGCGGCUGGCGCUGAGGCAGUUCCAGUACUACGGCUACAACGCCUACCUGAGCGACCGGCUGCCGCUGGACAGGGCCCUGCCCGACCUGCGGCCCGGCGGGUGCAGAAACCUGACAUUUCCUGAGAGCCUUCCCGAGGUGAGCAUCGUGUUCAUCUUCGUUAACGAGGCGCUCUCGGUGAUCCUGCGCUCCAUCCACUCUGCCAUCAACCGCACCCCUGCCCACCUGCUCAAGGAGAUCAUCCUGGUGGAUGACAACAGCAACAACGAGGAGCUGAAGGAGAGGCUGCAGCAGUACGUGGACGAGGUGAACGGUCACAAGCCCGGUUUCAUCAAGGUCGUGCGGCACCGCAGGCAGGAGGGGCUGAUCCGCGCCCGGGUGAGCGGCUGGAGAGCGGCCACGGCGCCCGUCGUCGCGCUCUUCGACGCCCACGUGGAGUUCAGCGUGGGAUGGGCUGAACCUGUGCUCAGCAGGAUCAAAGAAAACAGAAGAAGAGUCAUUUCUCCAUCAUUUGAUAACAUUAAGUACGAUAACUUUGAAAUCGAGGAGUAUCCCCUCUCAGCACAGGGGUUUGACUGGGAGCUGUGGUGCCGCUAUCUGAACCCUCCUAAGUCCUGGUGGAAACUGGAGAACACAACUGCUCCCAUAAGAAGCCCUGCACUGAUUGGAUGCUUCAUAGUAGACAGAGAAUACUUCCAGGAGAUUGGAUUGCUGGAUGAAGGCAUGGAAGUGUACGGAGGAGAGAAUGUGGAGCUCGGAAUCAGGGUGUGGCAGUGUGGGGGAAGCGUGGAGGUUCUGCCCUGCUCCAGGAUUGCCCACAUUGAGCGAGCACACAAACCCUACACGGAGGAUCUGACUGCGCACGUCCGCAGGAACGCGCUCAGGGUGGCCGAGGUGUGGAUGGACGAGUUCAAGAGCCACGUCUACAUGGCCUGGAACAUCCCCCAGGAGGACUCUGGGAUCGAUAUUGGUGAUAUCUCAGAGAGGAAGGCCCUCAGGAAGAAGCUGCAGUGCAAGACCUUCAGGUGGUAUCUUGUCAGUGUGUACCCAGAAAUGAGAAUGUACUCGGACACCGUGGCCUACGGGGUGCUGCAGAAUUCCCUGAAAAGUGAUUUGUGCCUUGACCAAGGGCCAGACACAGAGAAUAUCCCAAUCAUGUAUAUCUGCCAUGGAAUGACACCCCAGAAUGUUUAUUACACGAGCAGUCAGCAGCUGCACCUGGGUGUUCUGAGCCCCACCAUCGACGACGAUGACAACAGAUGCCUGGUGGAUGUCAACAGCAGGCCCAGGCUCAUUGAAUGCAAUUAUGCCAAAGCCAAGAGAAUGAAGCUUUACUGGCAAUUUACUCAGGGAGGCCCUAUCCAGAACCGAAAAUCCAAGCGCUGCCUGGAGCUGCAGGAAAACAAUGAGACCGAGUUUGGGUUUCAGCUGGUCCUUCAGAAGUGCACGGGGCAGCGCUGGUCCAUAACAAACGUCCUGAGAAGCUUGGCAUCAUAGCAGACUAAAUUCUCUACCUGUUUCUUUUGCUACUGUGUAGCAAGUACUGGUUGUGCCUGCUGUGCUGUAUUCCUCCCUCUCCCCAGCCCCCAGCUCCUUCUCUCCCCUUUUUUGUCUCGAUUUGAUUUUGUGAGUGUGUGGAAACAGGGUUUGUGGGCUGGAAAUGAGAUGUUUUUAUUUCACAAUGAUGUUUUCAUGACAUUUAUAGAGAUGCUGAAUGACAGGUGACGGGUAGGCUAUCCUGAAAUAUUUUACAACUGUAAAUAGGAAGCAAAUGGAGAAUAUUUAUAACUCAAACUUUUAUUGAAUAAAAAAGUCCAAACACCA